UACAACUUGUCAGUUCAUUCGUUGUUGUUUUGCCAUCGCCGACAGUUGAUGUGAAAUUUUUUGUGUUGCUAUUAUUGUUUUAAUUUAAUUGAAUUUUCGAUUUGAGAAAAAAAUUCAAAUCAAAAUUUUUUGUGUUAAAAAUAAAAUUUAAAUAUUUGGAAAUUUGAAGUGCAAGAAAAUUUUCAGUAUUUAAAGAAACGUACGCAUAAAUAAGCAUAUAAUUUUGUACGAAAAAAAUUAUAAAUUGCUAAAUUGUUGUAGAAAGAGAAAAAGAAAAAAAAACUUUUCAUUUUAAUAAAAAGAAAUAAAUCAAAACUCCAUCAAUAUGAUUAUGAAAGUACCCUCUAGCGAUUGGUCGGAUCAGUUUGAGCAAUAUGUUAUAGAAGAAGAAUCCGACAAUGAAUUGGAUGAACUGGAUCAAGAUUUCUCCGAAUAUUUGUGGAUGGAGAAUGAAGAAGAGUUUGAUAAAAUUGAGUUACAACGUCUUGAAGAUGAGGAGCUAAUGAAUGAAUGCCUAGAUGCCAUGUUAGACGAUGAACUCGAAGAACAGCUCAACGAAUGGGACAAAGCUAAAAACGAAGAACUAAGAGCAGCUCUCUCCUCCUUGGCAGUUAGUGAUUGCAAUGUAAGCAAUUCAUUACUCAAUCCUUUGGCAGCUGAAUUUAUACCACAAAGUCAUUUAAUUAUUGAUUUGGGUACUUCAUAAACCAGUAAUAUGGAGCAGCAACAUCAGCAGCAGACUAUUAUGCAAAAAUAUUAGAUGAAGAAGUGGAAACAAAAAAAAUAGUAUCUUGAAUAUUCUCAUUUAAGUAGUGAAAACGAUCUCCUGGUUUUCUAUACUGGAAAAGCUGUUUAAUCACACACACACACAUCUUAAAAGUAAAAAACGAAAAAAAAAAAAUAUUUAAAAAUCAACAAAAAUAUUGUAAGUAAUUUAAUACUUGUUGCCAAGCAACCCAAAAAGAACAGACUUAGUGUUUUAUUAAGGAAAUUAAUUUUAAACACUAAAAAAUAAUCACUUAAAUAGCUACUAAAAUGACAACAAGUUAAGACUUACAAAACCCAAAAAAAAUAUUUAAACCAAAAAAAAUUAAAAAAAAGAGCGUAAAGAUAAAACGCAAAAAAUACUUACAAAAUAUAAAAACUUAAAAAAAAAUAAAAAACUUAUAAAAUUAUUACAAUAUUUUUACGCUUUAAAACCCUAGAGAAACAUAAUUAUACGCCUGUUUUAAUUUAAUUUUUUUAUAUAAAAAUAAACCCCUUUUUAAGUUCAUUUAAGCUUAACUUUCAUGCUGUCAUGCUUAAAAAUAAGCAAGUUUAAAAGAAACAUUUCAAAUUAAAAAGUUUUUAGAGAAAGGUGUGUGUUUUGUUUGAUACAUUAAAGCAAAUUAAUCGAAAUUAAAUUUUUAAAUAUAUUUAUAGUCUUCUCUUUAGUUUGUUUUUUUUUUUAUAUUAAAGAAAAAGUAUUGAACUAAUUUAAUUUGAUCAGCAAAACACUCAUCUUUUUGUAUUGUUAUUUAAUCUUUAAGGCAGUUAUUUAAGCAAUCUUUUUUUUUUUGAUCAACAGAAGCAAAACAUAAAUACUCUGGUCAUAAAUCUCCACCCUUUUUUGUUAAAAGAGUUCAUUUUCUUUGUUUAAUUGUUAUUUAUUUAAAAACAUUUGUAUAAAAUUCCUUGAAUCUUAGAGGCUUUUAAUUUUGCCUUUAAAACUCAUUCUUAUUUAAAGUAUAAUUGUAUUAUUUUUUCUUUGUAAAAUUAUUUGUAAUGAAACAAAAAAAAAAAAAAA